AUGUCCGAGGAAUCCAGGGGCAGCAUCUCAGCCACUAAUUUCGAAUGUGGCUAUUGCCGUCGGCGGUUUACUAAAAAAGAACAUCUGAAAAGACACGAAAGAGCCCACACUGGCGCGAAGCCGUUCAAAUGUGCAAUAUGUGAGAGAAGCUUCUCCCGUGGAGAUGUGCUCAGCAGACACGUGAAGGGUCAUAGAAAAGCUCCGCAAUCCCAGUCCCUCUCUACAAAUACCGAGAACCAGGGACCUAUUCAACCUUUUCAAGCACCCAGUGUAGAAAGCUCGCUGUCUGUCGACGGUUCCCAAGCUGGUCCCGUUGCUGGAACCGGCUUGGCAACAGCCUCGGGUCACGAUGCAUCUUCCACUUUACUAUGGCCAGAUUCAGAGGAGCUUUUCCAGAGUCUAAUAUCGGCCGAUGGAAUGACCUGGGAUCAACCUAUUCCUGGCGUUAUUCCGCCGGCUGACAUUCCUCACGACUUGCCAUCUGCUCUCAGGUUGCGCACAGCCGACGAGCUUGCCGCGGCGGAGGACGGCCAUAGAGCUGUUCAAACCAUCAAUGGACUUCUAACCAACACGCUUUUCAACGUUACGUCCCAUGUAGAACUUUCCGACUUGACACCACGCUUCCUUGACAGUAGUCUGCACAUGUUCUUUACCAAGUUUGUGCCUAUUCUCCCACUCAUUCAUCGACCAACAUUUGUAUACCGAGACUGUUCAGCACCUCUUCUUCUGAAUGCCAUUGCACUCGGCUCUCUUUUUCUAGGUUCUGAAGAUGCAACUGCCAAGGGUGAAUCAUUGUGGAGGUUGGCAUAUACUGCUAUCGCGACCUCUUGGCCUGAAAUGAUAGGCCAUCGGAGGGAAUACGAUUCUUGCAGCGGAGUCGAGUUGGUUUUGACCGCUCUUUUGAGCCAGACUUAUGCAGCACUUUCGAGAAAUCGGACGUUGAGAAUGACGAGCCAAACAUUCUAUGGCCUGAGUAUGCACUGGGCUCAGUAUAGUGGAAUGUACGACAUUGGCCCGGUUCCCGAAAUACCGCAGGAGCAUGAUUCCGUCGAGACGAAAAUGCAAGCUUGGAGAAUUUGGGCCGCAAGAGAGACGCAGCUGAGAACUCUGCUUGGCCUUUGUGUGAUUGACGGUGUUGUAUCCCAGUUCAGUGGCAACCUAGUCAGCACUUGGCCUGCAACAAACUCGUUGCCGCUAUCUGCUGAUGAAGAUGUCUUCACAGCCAGCACCGUUGACAAAUGGAUACAAACUAUGACUGCACCGAGCACCACGACUGGGCGAUUUUACGAUAUAUAUCAGUCACUGAUUUCAGAUGGAGGACAAAUUGGUCAAGUUCACUGCAUCUCGGGGCUCUUCAACAUCAAGAUCCUCUUAGAGAUUCUAGCCUCUUUGGCCACCGAUUUUGAACGGUCAAAUCGAGGACCGGCUGGUGCUCAAUGUAAGCUUGGCGCUGUGAGGGCUCUGGGAUGUCUUCGUCAACAGAUUGUACAGAGUUCGAGUUUAAGCGCAGCGGAAAAGGCAAUAGGGCUUCUGCGAUGGCAUGCUGUAUGCCUUGACCUCGUGGUAAGCACUGCACGGGGAGCGAGGAGGAUGUGCUAUCAUUACGGCAUCACGCAGCACAUCUUCGGGGGUAGAAAGCGGCAAGAGCCUAAACGCAUCGAUCCCGAGGGUUGGACGGCAGGUUUUCCUGCUCGAAAGUGUCUGUUGCAUGCCCUAGAGAUUCACAAGAUUGCGUCAGAAGUGCCGCUCGGUGUUAUACAUGACACGUGUCUGUCCGGAGCUCUUUUUGCUGCCGCUACCACAUACAGCUCCUUUGCUCUCCCGGGGAUGUCAAAGAUAAUUGUACCUGGUUGCGUUGACUGGCAGAGAGUCAUUUUGUAUGGGCUAGAUGAUGCCUCAGAUAUCGUACUGCCACCACCAUCCGACGAGGCCAUUGAUACAUUGGCAUUCUUGACCAACAGCGUCAGUCCCAAGAUUACAGGCUGGGUGACACGGAACCUUGUGUACGAGCUGAGCUCCAUCCGGAUUCUGCUGCAUAGUUUGUCGCAACAUUGGGGUGUUACACGAGAGAUGGAAGAGGUGGUUGGGGCGUGGGAAGCGCGUUGUAUAUAG